CCCUUGCGUGAACAAUAAACCCCUGCUAAUAUGCUUAGGCGAGUGCUGCAGCUUCCAUCCGCAGCCUCCGCUCUUACCACGAAUGCGAAGAUCCUCGCCGCCGCGCCCAUAGCAGCGUGCUAUGUGCAUCCGGAUCAAAAUUAUCGGAUCACUUCCCGGCGACACUUUAUGGAUCUCCAUAAGAUGGUUGACAAGGAAGCCAUAAAAAAGGCUAAUGAUAGGCUAAAAGAUGAAUUAAGCAGAGGAUAUUUUGCAGAUCUUUCAGAGAUCCGGAAAAAUAGUGGAAAGAUUGCUCCAGCAAAUAAAACUCUUAUUCCUUCCGUGGCAGCUGCUAAGUUUCCUGAUAUUGUGGUACACUUUCCUGAUGGAACCAGCAUAAAGCUACCUUUAUUUGAGCAGAAUGGGAAUAACAACAGCACUGAUGAGAUCAUUCCUACUGCCUCGUUAUUAUGCCUUUCCUUUCGAGCAAGCUCCCAGAGGAUGGCUGAAUCAUGGAGUGUGCCUUUUCUAGAAUCCUUGGACACUUCAACUAAAAUACAAGUUUAUGAGGUGUCCUUUGUAGAAUCUUGGUUAUUAUCACUGAAUCCAAUGAAGAACUUGUUCCUCAAAAUUGCACGGAGUUCUAGCAACCCUCUGAGAAGAUUUGCAUAUUUUUUUGGAGACCACUAUGAUUUAAGGAAAAAGCUGCAAAUUGUAAAUCUUCUCACUGGGUAUAUAUUUCUGCUUGAUGGAUAUGGAAGAAUCAGGUGGCAAGGUUUUGGAUCCGCUACACCAGAAGAAGUUUCAUCCCUUGUAUCAAAAAAAGGGGUCGUUAUAGAGGGCUCCCGAUCCUCUAGCUGUUAUUCAUCUGGAUUAAUUGUAUACUACGCUAAGUAAAUGUAAGAAUUCUGGACAACCUCUCUUCCGACUAUAUUUG